ACGUUUCUUCUUUUAAUCUUUUUCCUGCAACUUUAUUUUUGUACCCAAUAGUAUUUAUUUUCUUCUUCUAAUAAUCAAACGAAAAAAAAAAAACCUAAAUUGAACUAGGCCAGACGGGGUGAAACAAAUCGGAGCAGUGAGCGAUUGAGAGUGUUGCCGGCGGGAGACUAAAACGGCCGUAGAUGGCGGAUCCUUAUUACUCAUACCCAACUCCUGCAACUUCCGACGCAAGCUUUGCCAGAAGUAGCUAUGCUGGUUACCUUCCAUCCGAGGCACCAUCAUUGGCUUCUCCUCAUCCUAAAUCUACUGAUUUUCCGGGCUACGGAUCAGAUUACCCGCAUAAAGAAGGGAGUUUGUUUCGGAUGGAGCCAUAUGGUGUUGAUGACACUAGGGGCUCUAGAGUUCACUCCGAACAUAAUGUCACGAGUUAUUCUCCUCUCGAAGAUCCCGGUUUAAGUACUAAAAGAGAUACUCCUUUAGGCGUUAAUCCAAGUGUUCCUGAUGCAAUUGUAAACAAUGAAAGAUUAAUCUCUAAAAGCAGUUAUGAUCCCGUCCCAGUUUCAGCUGCGGAAUCAAACAUUUUGUUUGUAGGCGGGCUUCCAAAAGACUGCACUAGAAGGGAAGUUGGUCAUCUUUUUCGUCCCUUUAUCGGCUAUAAGGAUAUCAAACUUGUUCACAAGGAGCCAAGACGAAGUGGGGACAAGGCUAUGAUUUUUUGUUUUGUGGAGUUUACUGAACCCAAAUGUGCUCUCACCGCCAUGGAAGCUCUGCAAGGCUACAAGUUUGACGAUAAAAAACCUGAUUCACCAACUUUAAAAAUCAAGUUUGCGCACUUUCCUUUCCGCCCACCAACCGAUGAUGGACUAUAAGUUUAAUUGUACGACAGACUCAUGCUGACUGGUAUUGUAUUUCUUGGUUGUGAAGUUUGAUGCUGCUCAGAUGAGGCAUGGCUGUUGAAUUUAGCAAUCUUGUUAGAAUUUUCAUGAUAUUGGGAAUUAGGCUGUGGCUUUGUACCUUAGUUUUGAUCCCCAUAAAUCCCACAGCAGUAGGAGUUUACCGCCCUUUUUUCCCGAAGCAGGGAGUUGUGUAUUAUAAAAUAAAAUGGUCAAUUAUUAUUUCAAUGUGUUUUUUUU